CACACACACACACACACACAUAGUGGCGGCCACAUUUUCACAGCCCGCUCUUCAGACUGACAGCAGCAAACGGAGUUGAGAGGCAGCGCGUUAGAGAGAGGCAGCAAGAGAAAGAAGCUUGGAAACACAAGGGAGGGCAUCCACAGAGGAGAGGGGAUUUACCCCCCUCUUUUUGCCUCUUUUAUCCCUCACAGGGGCCACAAAAGGAUUCUCCCCUGUACUCCUUUUCGAGUGAACUUGCUCUGCUUCUUUGAGGACCCCGCACCCUGCAAUGGCAGCCGCGGCGGGACAUGGGAACGCCGUCUACCUCUCAUCUCGCUCCUCUCAUCUAUGGACUUCACUCCUCUGGGCUCUGCUGACCAUUUCAAGCCCUGUGUGGGGGUUUAAUCUUGAUACUACUCACACACUGCACAAACUGGGGGACCACGGCACCUUUUUUGGUUUCUCUCUAGCGCUUCACCAGCAGCUGACCCCCGAGCCUCAGAGCUGGAUCCUGGUGGGGGCGCCGCAGGCAGCGGGGCAGGGACUGUUGAAGGGAAGCCGGCCCGGAGCCUUGUUCAGGUGUCCAAUCACACCGGAGGAGUACGACUGUGAGAGGGUGGACAUUGAUGGAGAUGUGGAUCUGGAAAGAGAGAGCAAAGACAACCAGUGGCUGGGAGUCACCGUCAAGAGUCAGGGGAUCGGAGGGAAAGUGGUGACCUGCGCUCACCUGUACGAGCUCAGGCAGCGCGUGGGCAGACCGUCAGAGACUCGCGACCCCAUCGGCCGCUGCUACGUUCUGAGUGAGGAUCUGACCGAGCGGGACGACCUGGACGGGGGGGAGUGGAAGUUCUGCGAGGGUCGGCCGCAGGGACACGAGCAGUUCGGCUUCUGUCAGCAGGGGUUCUCCGCCAGCUUCAGCCCAGACAACAACUUCAUACUGUUUGGGGCUCCGGGGACUUACAACUGGAAAGGUGAGAUGCGCGUCCAGCUCCUUAACCAGACUCUGCUGGACCUCGGUUUCUAUGACGACGGGCCCUACGAGGUGGCAGAUCAGAAACAGCUCAAUGCCCAGCUCAUCCCUGUGCCCUACCACAGUUACCUGGGGUUUUCCGUGGACUCGGCCAUGGGGCUCAUGAGCCUCGGGGAACUGACCUUUGUGGCGGGGGCACCCAGGGCCAAUCACACGGGGGCAGUCGUGCUGCUGAAGAAGGACAACGUGUACCGACUGGUGCCGCAGCACAUCUUCUGGGGGAAGGAACUGGCGUCUUCGUUUGGGUACUCGGUAGCUACGGCGGAUCUAAACCGGGACGGUUGGACAGAUCUGAUUGUCGGAGCUCCUAAUUUCUUUGACCGUAAGGCAGAGAUUGGCGGAGCUGUGUACGUGUACCUGAACCCCUUCGGUCACUGGGACGAUCAGGCUCGGCCCAUCCGCCUCAACGGCACCUACGACUCCAUGUUUGGAAUCACCGUCAGCAACAUAGGAGAUCUGGAUCAGGACGGAUACGGAGAUAUUGCUGUGGGAGCCCCCUUCGAUGGAGAUGGCAAAGUUUUUAUCUACAGAGGCUCAGAUUCGGGAAUCGAAACCAAACCGGCUCAGGUGCUGGACGGUCGUGACUUUGAUGUGAGACGUUUUGGAUAUUCCAUCUCAGGUGGUUUGGAUAUUGACCACAACCACUACCCUGAUGUUGCGGUGGGCUCUCUUAAUGACUCAGUGGUUCUCUUCAGGUCUUGCCCCGUCAUUCAUGUGAUCAGAGAUGUGUCAAUUGACCCUCAGUUCAUUGAUCUGGAACAGCACAACUGCAGAGGCAGAGAAGGAGUCUGCAUCGAGGUCAAGGCCUGCUUCACCUUCACAGCCCACCCAGAACAGUACUCGCCACACAUUACACUCCUGGUGCACUUUGAAGCCGACACGGAGCGCAGGAAGUUGGGCCUCCCGCACCGCGUCAGCUUCCUGGGCCGCAGUUCCCUGGAGCCGGAGAAUACGCAGAAAGAGGAAGUGGAGCUGCAUCGGCAGCGCCACCCCGUGUGCACCACUGCUACGUUCCAGCUGCACGAGAACAUCCGUGACAAACUGCGUCCAAUCUCUUUGGCGAUAACCCACACUAUCAAGCCUGUGCCGCCCCGCAGACACUCGAGUGCCAAGAGGCUGGAGAAGCUGCCUCCUGUUCUGAGUGUUUCCCCCUCAAACACGCUGCACUCAGAGGUGAACUUCCGUCGAGAAGGUUGCGGCAUGGACAAAAUCUGCCAGAGCAACCUACAGCUGAGAUACCAGUUUGGAACGCGACCCCUGACCUCCGACCUCUUCACCCCGCUGCCAAAAGAUGAGGAUGAUGUGCAGGUGUUCUCCCUGUCAGACCAGCGCUUGGUGGUGCUGGAGAUCACCGUCACCAACUCGCCCUCUGACCCGCUCCACCCGGGGGAGGACGGGGAUGACGCUCACGCCGCUCAGCUGUUUAUCUACCUUCCAAAAACUCUUUCGUACGCCGGCUCCAGGAUCCCACCACAGAUGAGAUGCCAAGCGAACCAGAACGGCUCGUACGUCGAAUGCGACUUGGGGAACCCUGUGAAACGAGACACUAAGCUGAAAUUCUCCAUCAACUUGAGCACAUCUAACAUCACAAUUGAGACCACUGAGCUGACAGCAGCUCUCAAUUUGACAACCAUCAGCGAGCAGCCUAAACUCACAAAUGUCACAGCUUUUGCUAAAGUUGUGAUAGAGCUCCCUCUGUCUGUCAGCGGGCUCGCUCGUCCUCACCAGUUGUUCUUCAGUGGGAAGGUGAAGGGAGAGAGUGCCAUGACCAGUCUGGAAGACAUCGGCAGCCCUGUGGACUUUGAGUUUGUGGUUGCGAACCCCGGACAAGCUCUGCAGACGCUGGGCUCGGCCUUCCUCAACAUCAUGUGGCCUUACGGGCUGGCCAACGAGAAAUGGCUUCUGUAUCCCGCCAGCUUGAAGUUUGAGGGUCACCCGGACACACAGUGCAUCACAGCGGGGGCCUUAAAUCCUCUGGAUCUACACAGCUCCUCGCUGGCAGAAUCUCCACAGCCUGACAAGGCCGGGCGAAGGCGUCGUUCCCACCCGGAGGACGAGGGCCGAGUGACAAACAAUGGCGCCGUGCGUCGAUCCACUCCAGCCGUGGCAGCUUCGGAGAGACGCAGGUCGCUCAAACUGGAUUGCCUCCUGGGGUCGGCACGCUGUUUCCUGUUUCAGUGUCCCCUCCACAGCUUCUCCGGUCAGGCUGUCCUCAAGAUCCACGCCAGGCUGUGGAACAGCAGCUUCAUGGAGGAGUUCCCAGCAGUCAGUGCUCUGGAGCUGCUGGUCAGAGCCAAUGUCACCGUGAAGUCCACCAUCAAACACCUGCUCCUCAAGGAUGCUGCUGCUCAGGUGCCAGUGAUGAUCUAUCCCGAGCCCGGUCUCGUUGACCAGUACUGGAUCCCCUGGUGGAUCAUCCUCAUAGCCGUGCUGGCGGGCAUCUUGCUGCUGACGCUGUUGGUCUGCAUUCUGUGGAAGUGUGGCUUCUUCCAACGGGCCCACUACAAAGACAAGUUGCCUCAGUACCACGCGGUGAAGAUCCCUCGCGAGGACCGGCCCCAGUUCCACCCUGGGAAGUCAGGAGCCCCCCACAAAAAGGAAUGGGCCACUCACUGGAGCGACGGGACCUCGUAACUCGCUUUGAAGCACUGAGCGACUGAAUUCAUUCAAAUCACCGUGUGUGGCACUCGUUUCUGUCUUUGCAUCGGGACUAACUGACGAAAGAAAGUGCACAUGGACUGAGAUCACGACCUCGUUGUGCACCCUGUACUGUGUCAGUACUUGCAUCUUUGGUGGCCUGUUACACUGUGACUGGAUCUCUCUCACGCUGCCCCACGUAGUCUAUUUAUACUGUCCAUCGUUAUCAGCGGGUUAAAGUUAAUACCCCAAGGCCAGCAAUAAUUUGAAAUUCAGUUUAGCUGCUCAAUAGUCUUUACAGCCUGCAUCAAGAGCGCCGAUUCUCACACUGAUUCUCACACUGAUUCUCAAACAUACAGUAUAAUCUUAUAAUCUGCAUACAGAGACACUGGAGAUUUUUAACAAAGAAGCCUUUGCCCGUGACAAAAAAAAAUAAAAAUACUUUUUGCCUUAACUACUGUAAGAAUGACGACAAACAAUUUUUUCAUGCAAAUGAUUUGUUGGAAUUUUUGUUUAGUCAGCACUUGUAAACUUAGGAAUACGUCUAAGUUGUCUGUUUAAUAAUGUGUUGCUUCACACUGUUGUCUGGGCUCACUGUUUGCUCUGGAAAUAAGUUUUUAAAUCCUUAUUCAAGGGGAAAAAAAUGCCUUUUUACUGUCAAUAUCUUUUUCACUUUUUGUUAAUAUGUCAGCUGUACUGUACAUCAAUAUUUUACCACCUGAGUUAACUUGAAUAAGAAGAAAAAAAGAACUCAAUCCAAUAUAUGACGUGGCCACAGCAAUGCAGAUGCAUGAAAACCAAAUAUCUAAGAAAAGCAAAGCGAUGUUCAUAAUGAGGUCCUCACAACCCUAACCCAUCAAAUUCAAACCUAUAAUAGGAUGUAUGACAAAAUAAGAUCAUAGUUAUGAGGUUUUCAAUUACAUCUUUAUUUUUUAUCCGUGUUACUGUGAUGUCCGCUACUUUUUUAUUUUCAUUCUAUUAACCUGCUUGUGGUGCUGUUCAUGGUACUGUACUCUAGUCACACCAGCCAGUAGUGUAGUAAAUUCAUUUUUUAGCACUGUCAUUUCUAACUGCACACAAAGUGCCUUAUGGUAAAAGGUGCAGAUCUACGUCAGGCUGCUGCCCUGCAGCUCCAGUUGGACACGUGUGGACAAAUACACAUAAUGAGGACAGGAGAGAAGGUAUCGAGAAGAGCAGAACGUCGUCGUCGAGGAACCACGCGUUCUUUCUUUGGAUUAAUUUGGAGUCGAUGAAGUUGCUGUAAAGCAUGAAGAGUCAGCUUGUUUUUUAGGUAUUGCUGGACAAUCUUGUGUUCGCUGCAUGAAGCUCUUGUUGCUGUUCUGACCUUCCCUUCUGAUUUUCGUUUUGAUGUUGGCAUAACUCAGUGUUUUAUUUAUUAUAUGUUUGGCUGCACCAUUUUAACGUUGUAAAUAAAAUUAAAGGAAACAAAGUAAACCUUCAGAUAACUUGAAUAACUAGAAUUUGGGUUGUUCUCCGUAGAAUUCUCCAGGUAUCAAGUUACUGAUUAACCUGCCGUUCGUUCUGAAAACACCAGAUGGAGGCAAAAUUCAGUUUUUCCAAAACACAACUUUAUGUGGUAUUCUAAAUACAUUAAUAAUUAUUAAAUGCCAGUUUACAGGAUAAUAACAUGACCACAUUUGCAUGGUUUUCUUCCAUGUUUUCAUGAUAAAUGAUUAUGUUGAAUAUGACCUUGCAGUGUGACUUGAAUGCGUCAUCAGAUAUCAGCCGCACUUAAAUGAAAGACUUUAACAACCCUUUUUGAUAUUUGGAGGUAUAUUAAAAAAGAAUGAAUGGGUGAAUAUGCUGUUAAUAGUCAUGGUCAGUAUGUCACAGACCAGGCCUCGAGCCUGUGCUCUGGAUCCGAGAACAGCGUGCAGGUUACAUUGAUUUUAGCUUUAAAUCCUCAGCUUCUUUUCUUCUCUAACUCGCAACCAACCACAAGAUGGAAUGGAACUUUUUAAACACGGUCUUUUCCUUUUCGUUGCAGUUAAAACCCUUGCAGCUACAAUCAGCCUGGAUGUGUCAGAGAGAGAUGGAGGUUGUAUGUAAGCGUAGCUGACCUAAAGAUUUUUUGGAGGACGCAAUGAACGAUAUUUCCUCUCUGGACAAUGGAAGUACAAACUCUAACAUCCAGCUUGAUGUUUGCAGACAUGUUUCCUUUGUUUAGUUUGGUGGAUGAUUCUGUUUUAAUUGAACAUGAGCCAAAUCAAUAUAUACCUUCAAUGUCAUCCCAGUUAUCACGUAAAAACUGAAGGACUAGCAGUACGUGUGUGGCCCAUAAUAGCAUGUUCCGUACUCUCCGUUAUCUCUACAAUCGAUUUCAAUCCAAUACAAUCGAUCCUUUGCGAAAUGUUUGUUUUGUUUGUUUGUCAUUGUUGGAAAUGUGUACAUUCAAUCAGGUGUUAAUCAUUGAGGUCAUAUUUAAAUGUGUUCUAUACUGACAGUUUUUUUUUUUAAUCAGAUCUAACUCUGCGCCUCAUUGCUAGAUUAUAUCAUAUAGUUAACUAUAACAACCAAGGCGCCAUAAGAGUACAGGAUUGUUGUGUUUUGAUUGUAAAGUGUCCAGGUGUUCACAGCACAACAAAAAACAUACACGCACCUUUUUAAUAUCUCGUCAGAGUCAGCAAAUUAGAUUUUCCUCUUUUCAUAUGAUCUUAUAAUCGAAAUGAAAACUAAUUCCCCCUUGAGACCUUCAGAUGUCACCCUGGCUGCCAUGGCAGUUAAACAGGGGCAGUUAAACCGUGUGUGCGUUACAGUCUAAGUCCCCCAUUAUGCACUUUGAUGAGCUUAUUCUGUUGAUGCCUCAUCCAGUAUUGGGGAAGUGACUAAUUAUCACACAAACACACGCAAACUGUCCAUGAACACACCCACACACGCAGAACAAAAGACAGUGACAAAUUGAACGCACACUGCAACAAUAAAGCCGCUGUCACUCUCGCAAAUCAAGCAGUCUUUGCAUGAAAAUAAACAAAACAAAGGAGGCUAUUUAGCAAACGAAGGGCUCCUUUGGGAGAAGCAUUGUUCUAAAAAUCCCUUCGCGUGCAAGCUUAAAGAAAACAAAACCAUGAAACUGUCGCUUUGACCGAUUUAAGCUGGUUUAAGGUUUUGAUAUCCGAAGUUAUUCGAAAUCUAUUAGAAGAGAUCAUUUAUUAAGUAUCUUUGGUAAAAAUCCUUCCCUGCUCCCAAUAAUAAACUUAAAAAAAACUAACUAUUGCCUCUAACUCUUAGGUUUGCAUGAGUUGACUUGAAAAAUGAUCUUGGACAAUUUAUCCUAUGCUUCAUUAUCCCUAGAAUGAUUUUAUAUGGCCGAUUAUUGUAAACUGCGAUGGGAGAUGAUAUUGUUGGAUAUAUUCUUUAUACAUAAGCUCAACAAUAAAAUAUUAAAGAAACCAUAA